AAACGAAGUGUUAUUCAUAUUGCUAUCCGCGCGGGAUCCGAUCGAAAGAGCGCGAGGCACGUGGUCAGAGAGGUCGGAUCGUGAAUCGUGAUCAUAUUUAUUGAUGAAGAGUGAAGCGUGCCGUAAACUUUGGGGAUUUUUGGUGGAUUUUUGCAUACUCAGUGAUGGAAAAUUUAUAAGCAUUGGAGAAAGAAUUCGUCUUCCGGAUGAUGUUACGAUGGGCUAUAUUGUCGAACACUUACUUAAGAAGCCGUUGACUGUCGUGGAUCAAUUUCAUUCCCAUUUAGAGCCGAUGAAGUUUAUCAGACGAGACCUUAUUGAAGAUCAGAUAUCUUUUAGUUACGCCAAAAUCAAAGAUGAAUGGAACGUUGUUAAGCUAGACGGAUUUGAUGAAAGAUAUGACCAAAAUAGGUUUUUGACGCUGCAUUGUUUCCUCUUUCCUCGGUUCAGCUUUUGCCCGAGUCUAAGAAGAAAAAGGUGAGGAACUAAUGAUGACGGAGGGUGAUGAUGGAAAUGGCAGAAAGGAAUCAACACCUGUAUAUAAAAACAUACAAUGUGUACAUAAACUGCAUCUAUAUAUUUUUCAAAGUGUAACGAUCGACGUAGAAUAUAACUAUGACGUCGGGUAGCCAGAGGCUCCAUUCCAUUAUCAGUUGGUGCAAGGAAAUGUCUUGAUAGGUUUUGUUUUUUUGUAUGCAUUGUUUCUUUUUUUAAAUCUGAAUAAGUGAUUAUCGACUCAGACUCGCGUUUGUUGAUUCAAAAAAAAAAACGCAUAUCUAUAAGCUCAACUUCGCCUGUUUCAUUCGGCGACACUUUAUACAUAUAUCAUAUAGUUUGAUAUCUAACCUCAAUCAUUAUUGCUCUAUUUGCGGAUAAGUUUUUGUAGCCAUCAAAAGCCAAUAAUUCAACAAAAAUUAUGAAGGUUCAAAGUUGCCAACGACUUUAUUUGCGGUGUUUCUGUAUGUGCAAAAGCAUAUCCUUAUACGACUGAGAAUGGGAUGGAGUAUUUCCUACCCUUUGCCAGUCAAGGCCCCUUCAAUUCUCGCUUCGAACCAAUAGUUACUUUACGGUCUAAACACCCUGGGAAAAUCCCACUGCAUGAAAAGAAGCAUUUAUAUACGUUUAAAAGCAUCCAUAUACGUUUAAGCUUAUCUCAGUCAUAGGGUGCCUUCAGGCGAGUGCGGUGAAUGGACCUCUAUAUACUUUUUUUGUUCAAAAUGUGUGUAUGAAACUUUUUUGCAUUGGUAUAUUUUCGUAUUUCCGAAAUAUUCAAUCAACAGUUGCUACAAGGUAAUGUCUGUAGAAAGUAGGAGCCUGAAUGAAAAUAACGUGCAGGUCAGUUCCAGCUUUUAUACCAAUUGUUUUGGCUGGCCUGUGAUAAUUGCAUGGACAAAUCCUUAGAUUAUGACAAAUCCAAUAUUUGUGUAUUGAUUUCUUAUUUAGGCUUCAACUAGAAAUAUGUAAGUACCUACCCAUAUGUACCUUGGAGUGGAGUACCUAGUUGGAUGAUAAAUUAAGUAUAAUACGAAAUAAAAUAGUGAUGUUUAAUUAUAUCUGUGAUUAUUUUGUAAAUACCUAAUAUAAGAAUAUUAUGUAUGCAGUCUAGUUGACUAUAAAAAAAUUAAAUGAUUCACCCACGCAGCUUUUGAGUGCAAUUUUUUUAUUUCGUGCAAGUUUUUCUAAGUUUUGCUGUGAUUCCAAUUAUUAUUACUAUCAUUAUUAUUAUUAUUAUUUAUAAGUUAUGUGUUAGUUUUGUAUAACAAAAUAUCAAUUCAACCAAGAAUACCUAAGCAUAUUAUUUAGUUUAUAUGUAUUUCAUUUUAUAGAGUUUUCUUUUUAAUAAUUUGUUAAAAUGUAUAAUUGCGUCAAAGACAACAUGUCAAUUUAUGAUUUAUUUAACAGAUAAGGUGAUUAGUGAUUACCUACAUAAAUAUUCGCAAUAAUAAUUUAAGAAAUGUUUAAUGUUUUUUAUAGUAUGGAGUCAACCCACUGAAAAUGUUUCAAUAACCUUGUGAUUGAAACUAUAAAUGAAUGAAAAUUGUAUUAAAAGAAUGAUAAAUUUGCAGUCCAGUGUAAAGGACAGUCUAACCUAUUUAGCCAGUGCCCAGUAGUCUCUGUCAUAAUCAAAUGAGCAUUGUUUCAAAGGGUGCAGAAGACUAUCCAGCUCUGACCGGAAUAAGUUUCGGUUGAAGCCACAUGGCAUUUGAUAUACAAUGUGUGCAAGAUGGGGAUCUGAGAAACGGUAAGAAAUACGACGUCGCUUAAAUUAGAAAAAGGGUGCGAAAUUUUGUGCCUUUUAAAAUGGCGCUUUGAUAUUUCAAAAAUUCCGAGUGCUACCGGAGAUAUUCGGAAAAAAACGAAAUUCGCCCAAAACGAUUUUAUUUUCUCCUGACCUUAUUUGAAGAGAUAUUUCAAAAUAAAUGGCACUUCAUCGUUACCACUUUUCUUCCUCUAUAAAGAUGCCGGUAUUAAAUUUGAAAUCCAACGUUUUGCUUUUGGGCUCCCAUCAUCAACUUAAUUUUUUAAAUACGGACUACUUUAGAUUUUAUAAGCUUCUGAUGUCGCAAAACCAAUGACGUAGUGCACUUAUUUGAAACAUUUAUAUUAUUGGCACUUUCCAUGAAAAAUUAUUGUGUUAGAGUGAGCCAGAGAAGAGAAUUUUGGUUGGAAAUUAUUAAAAAGUAAAAAUAAUUUUUUUCGAAUAAAUUCGAUACGUCAUAGGUUUUGGGGCAUCAGAAGCUCUUAAAAUCUGAGAUAGAAAACUAAGGCGGCGUUCCGUAUCUUAACCAGAGCUACCGAUCGGUACCUAUAUAGCGGUUCGUCUAUGGGGACAGUCUGGUUCCUGAAAAUGCGGUUUAUGUGUGGAACGCUUCAGUUCAGCUCGGGUUUACCUUCGAUGAUAAGAGAAUAUUAUCCUCUUAAAAAUAUAUUUGUAAUAAGAAAUCAACAUGAAUGAAUGUAAUAUUCACCUCUUAUUCCAUUUUCACCGCAAAUGCACUUCGAAAGCGGAAAAAACAUAAACAUAUUGAAAAAUUAUCACCUAACCUAACAAACAAAAUGUCAGAAAUUGAAAACAAACCGAAACAACCAAGCUUUUUGAUCGGUAGAUUCGGUGACAGUUGGGACCGAAUUUUUCAGGAACCGCGUUUCAUAACCUAACCAGAUUUCAGGAGUGGUUGGGUUACGGAACGGGAACCGGAAAAACCAAGAAUCUUGGUUAACUUAAGGAACGUCGCCUAAGGGUUGUAUUUAAAAAAAUGAAAUUGAAGAUGGUGGCCCAAAGACGGAACGUCAGAUUUUAAAUUUGAAAAUGUCAUCUUGUAGAGUAGGAAAAGUUGUAACGAUGAAGUGACAUUUAUUUUGAAAUAUCUUUUCCAAUAAUUUUCAAAUAAGCUCAGAAAAAAAUAAAAUCGAUUUUGCAAAAUUUCGUUUUUUUCCGGAUAUCUCGGUAGCACUCUGAAUUUUUUUACAUCAAAGCGCCAUUUCGAUGAGCACAAAAUUGCGCAACUUUUUUAUUUAAUUUAAGCGUAUCUCUUACCGUUUCUGAGAUCUCCAUACUGGCCCUCCUUAUCUUGGACACAUUGUAUACUAUGAGACAAAAAAAAGAACGCAUCACCUGCUAAGAGUAUAUAUAUUAUUAUUUUUUUUCGAACAAAUCUCUUACAUGGUGUUUAUGGUGUAAAAAAUAAUAGUUGAUUAAUUUUUUAUUGGAAAAAUCGCAUCUUAUAGAGUCCAAAUUUAGUAAUAUGCUGCUCCUUCAUUUGAAGAAAAUUAAACGGUUCGCCUGGGCAUGCUUAUCUAAUGCGAUAAUCUAUGGAGCUCCGAGGCAUUUUUUUAGGGUAUCAGGCAGCUGUUGUAAGUUCAUUGGAGGGUUAGAAAGUAUGUAGGAUAUCCACCCUUCGACUCAUCGUAUCCCGAUGGAAGAAAGGUCGUGCAAACUUGCGGGCCAUGGCAGAAUAUUAAUGUUGGCCUUUUACAGGAAGUUUAAUGGAACGUGGCAUUUGGAGUUCUACUACCAAAGCCCAAACCAUGAAUCUUCCGGUAAGGGCUAUCUUAUGUCCCACGGCAAACUUCAGAAGCCGGCCUUUCAUCUCUUUGACACCUGACCCAUCUUCGACCAUUGUCAGCUUUUAGGCAAAACCGAUUCUAUUCUUCAUUCCAAUUUGCCCGUGCGUUGCACCAUUCCAACUCGAGUUUAGCGGGAGUAUUAAUUUUAAGCGACGUGAAAUAAUGAUCUCAUUCUUUGUCCUAUCUCUCCCAAAAAAUUGUUUCGGUAUGAAGGUUCCUACUAUGCCUAUCCCUAAUGUCAAGCAAUCUGAAUCUCCUGUGUUCUCGAUCUGUCCGUGUUCUAGCUCCUCCAGAACCCCUGCUGCGCUGCUUUGUUGCUUACCGUCUUCUGAUCAGCUUCUCCAACAACGGAUAUUUUUUACAAUAAUUAUUUGCAUCCGUCUACCGAUUUCGCGAAAGCCAAUUCCCCUAAUGUAGCCCAAUGAUUCAGCCCCUUUCAAAAUCACUUAUUUUUUGAUAAUUCAGCCAUCGUCGAACUCUUAGCAUUUUAACUAUUCAAUUUACAACUGAUUCAAUCAAAUUAUGUUUAGUCUAGGAAAAUAGUCGAAAAAUACAUGUAUUGCAAAAAAAAAAAUUCCUACCCAAAUGAACUUUUCAGGGAUGAUAGGGGGCGGGUGGGUGAUCAUAAAACCGAAAAUAUCAAACAUUCACCCCUCUGGCGUUUUGCGCUAUAGCUAUAACUUGUUCAUUUUAUUAUUUUGAGCAACUUUUCUCUAUAACUUUUUUUUGUAAAGUUGAAAAUAGGCGAACUACCCCUAAAAACAAAAAGGUGGUGGAAAAAAAAAUCCUUUUAUUAGAAUGUUAAUUGCACCUUUUUAUAUGCACUAAAGGCGAGAAAAGAAAAAAUAAAUUAAUAUAUACCCCUAAAAACUAAAAUUUCCCCGAGGGAAGUGUCCCCCCGCUGAAUGGGGGUGAGUUACAAAAAAAGUUGAUUAGGAAAAAUUGUAGAAAAUGUCAUCUAAUAAAACUUUUAUUAAGAAAAUUUUUUUGUAAAAAAAUAAAAAAACUUUAAACUACCCCUAUUGAAAAACGGCAGGGGGUGAGUAAAAACUUCAUAAAGCAAAAAUGUUGUACGAGUUGUAGAAAAUUUUUUCAUGUUGGUUAAAAUUUUUCAUUCUCAUUAUAAAAUUUCAAACGGCCCUUAUGACCACAGACGGCCCUGAAUCAAAAAAAUCUUUAGAUAAACAUUGUAGAUCAAAUAAUGUUGCACAUCUUUCAUUUGAAACAUUUUUUUGUAAAAUCAAUAGGUACCAAGUAAUCGCCAAUGGCGCACUUUCAACCCCUAUAGCGCAAAACGCCAGAGGGGUGAAUGUUUGAUAUAUUCGGUUUUAUGAUCACCCACUCUCCCCCUAUCAUCCCUGAAAAGUUCUUUUGGGUAGGAUUUUUUUUUUUGAAAAUCAACAAUUUUCCCAGACUAGUUAACAAACCAAUUAACAGAAGGGAAUAGAAUGAAAUUUUUUUUUGUUGCAAGAAAUCGACAAUCAAUCACGUCUUAUCGACGUUUUCUGAACAGGUGAAUAAUCGUAAUUUUUUAGUACCUAAUGCCGAUUAUGUUUAUUCGUCGUUAAUAUUUUCGAAUAAAAUGAAUAUAGAACAGAACGAAUACCUAUAUUAUAUCCAGAUACAGGAAAUUAGUUAUUUUUCUCAAAGCUUACAGAUUUUUAAGGCUUCAUUAAGAAAAAAUAGCCAAAAUUUUUCCAAUUCAAAAGAAAAUCUUGAAUAUACUUUACGAUAGUUUUAGAAACAAUGAUCUCCAGUAUGGAUGGAUGGAGACAAUGAUAUAUUAAGAUUCUUAAGAAUCAUACUCUACAGCCUCUACACCUCAAUAAAAGCUAGAGAAAGUUUCAAACUAACUCAAACACAAUCACCAAGUUCUUCUUGCACAGGAUAACGGUAAAAUUUGAAAAACAAUGUGAAAACGCGUUUUCGAACAACAGAUGCUUUGCCAAAUAUAGAAGGCAAAAACAAUCAAUCAGCUGAUCUUCUAUUCAUAAAUACAAGAAAACACCAUAUCCAAUAGAUUAGAAAACUUUUAAUAUAAACUGCUGGACAAUUGCUUUCUAGAAAAAGGAAUAUUAUGCCUAACUUUCAAGCACGAUAUUUUUCGAACCAAAAUAUCGACCUCAGCUGCCGUACUCUGUAACAACAUAGAGAAGAAAUUUCCUUUCCAUGAUAGAAAAUUGACGAAACGGAACUCUCUAACCCCAGUCGGCUAGAGUCGCUACCCCGAACUACCUGCUCGUGUCAAAGGAACUAGAAAGACCCCUUUUCAUUUUGCAUAAUCACAAUUGACGUAAGCUUGUCUUCGUCUUAUCUUUUUUUUUGAAAAUUUGAUUUUCUGUUUUGAUUUGUGGUUAGAGUGAAUUUUUUUUUUUUUUUUCGCGAGUGAUGUUGACGGGAAUAGCAAUGAAGCAGCAUACAUGGGGGGAAUUACCAGAUCAUUUAAACGCAAUUGGACUGGGAGCAAGAACAGUGGAGAAGUGUCUGAUCGGUACAUAUUAUACAGACAUAAUGGAGAAUUUUUGCUUAUGAAAGAAUCGUGACUGGCACCCCCAUAAUUCGCAUUUACAUUAAGAAUUACAAAAUUUUUGUCAGAAAUCAUUCUCAAUAGGCUGUAGAAUGGCCGCACGGGUGCAGCCUAUAGUACCAGGAAACCCAAAGUUUUGCAUGAAUUGACUUUUUUUUACUUCCUUCUCUGCUUGGGUCAUGCAUGGGAAACUUUAUCCAGCUGUAAUAGUUCUAAUGAAAACAAUAACAUUGACAAUCAAAAAUUAACUGUCAAAAACACCGGUAUGUUAUUGAAAAUCGAAAAAAUCUAAAAUCUCCCACAAUAUUUUCAGGUUGGUUAUUACGCAUUUCUCAAUAAACGAACUUACCCGAAGAUUUCAGGAAAAAGUCAUAGAGAGUAGUAUUUGUUGAUGGAAUUUUUUUUAUUUAUUUAGCAAUUUUUUUCACAAAAAGUCAAUCUGAUAGCCCGUGAAAACCGCAGGUCGAUAUUUGGUCUGGUUUCAAAAAUAUUUAGCUUGAGAUUUACCCAGUUCUUACAUCUGAUGUGGCAAAAAUCAAAUCAGGAAUGCAGUAACUAGCUCUAUCUUAGUUUUGCCUUCCACACCUGGCGACAAGAAAACUAGAAUUUGUUGUGUAAGGCUCUCCUCAUAAAUUGACUUGGAUGUCAAACAAUGGUGCACGACCAAUAAUUUUCCACCACGGCUUUGUUGUAGGUAUUAUAAACAAAAAAAGCUUUGAACCGACAAUUUUUUAUUUUAGUCAGAGGUAUGGUCAUUUCAUCACACCAUAGAUUUCAUGUCCUUAGUGACGUUAGCAGUCACCCUCUAACUUCUCAUAAGGAAGGAAAGUGGAGAAAAGUAAAUUUGAAAAAAAAAACAAGACAAAAGUUGCAAAGAAUACUGCACAGUCGUAACACAUAGACAAAUCAUGUGAUGGAUGGAUUUGAAAAUUAAAAAAAAAAAAAUACUUCUAUUUUUUGACUAGAUGUGAAAAUUCAAACCAUGAAAAAAUUUUUGUAGACUGUAUUUCACCCUAGUAACCAUGCUUCCACUAUGGACCUCAAUCAAAAUUGUUACUACUUGCGUAAAAAACAUAUGUAUCAAGGAAAUUAUGUGAGGCACUGUCAGAUUUUUUUUUUUUUUUUUUAAUUAUCUUUGGCGCAAUCCCUCUUGUCUCUUGUUGAUGGCGUACUGGUCAUCCAAUUCAAGUCAAAUUACUUAUUCCACCAAAAUUCAAGUAACAAGGAAAUGAUCAAAAGUCGCUAAUAAAGAGCAGGCCAACAAAGUUAGUGAGUUGAAAUCGAUUGAUUUUGCUAUCGAAACUGCUAGUGAACCACAACCAUUGGCUUAGGCGUAGAAGACAGACCAGUAGCUCCCUGUCAACAGCAUGUUACAACACAACAGUCAAAUUCAUCAAACUCGAAAGUGUUUGCGCAGAAUUAAAAAGGUGGAUAAAAUAUUCUACAAGAUCAAUCCAGCUAAACGCAUUGAUUAUUUUGUUUUUCAUCAUGAGAUUUCCAAAUCCCCUAUCUUGAAGUUGAAGUACCUACCUAGGUAUUGAUUUUGCUUUUGCGAUUUAUAUUUUAUCAAACCACCUGGAAAAAAAGUUUGGUCAAAAAUUUUCAGUUGUGCACGGAGAUGAUACAUUAUUCAUAGGUUUAUCUCAGAAGUAACCACACUAUAAACCCAUAUCUACCUAUUUUUGGUAAUUAAGACAAAAUAGAUGACCAAACAUUAUAAGUAGUUUUUUAUGUUUAUAUUACUCUUUAAGGUACAAGUUCUGUAAAUUACCUACUAAUAAAUCACUUAAUUUGCUCAAUGUGUAGAAUAAAAGAUUCUAUUUCUUUGCGUAAAUAGGCACUAGAUAUAAGUUUCAAAUGUUAAUAUUAAUUAUAGUAUUAACUUUGUUAAUAACAGAACGGUUAAUGAUAGGUAUUUGUUUUUGUAAACCCUUAGGAUUUAUUUAAGUAUUAUGGCUUUGUAUUGGGUUACUAAAACCUACCACUACCCAAAAAAUUAUGAUAGUUUUAAGAAAACUUGUAUUGUUGCAAUAAUAAAUGUAUGUUUCAAAUAUUCGUCUUUCUAAUGAUAAUUUUCCUCAAAUCGAUAGAUACGGUUACUAGACUGGUAUCAGGCAUACAAAACAAAUGAUUAAUGUGAGUAAAAUUAAUAAGUUCCUAUGUCCAAAACAAUAAUAUUGAUGUGUCCACAUUCAAUUCAGCAAAAUCACAUAGGUUUG